UUUACCUGUUCGCUUAUUGUAAAUAAAUUCUACGGUAACUUUAGUUAGUGAUGCAUUUGACGGCAUGAUUUGAGACGAAAACGGUCUUUAGUAUGAGUGAAACGAUGGUUAACAUGUUGAAAUAUAAAAGAAGUGUAUACAGGGGCACAAAUUGAAUAUAUUUUAGAAUUAGGAUCCUUGAUGGGAGCUGUUAACAUAUUUUCACAUCUUUCUUUUGACAAUUGACUGGAUUAAUGGCGAUUUUUAAGGGUUAGAAGUUAAACUCUUACUUUAUCAAUUUUAAUUGUAGUAGUUCGACGGAGCGAAUAUUUCACAAUUACAGAUAAUUUUCGAUUCAGUGAAGGUUAAGCCUCUCCGAUACAGAUAAGAUGAGAAAAAGAUAAAUUUUGAAUUUUGGGUGUACGUUAAAUGCUAUGUCGUUUGUACACGUGUUCGAUUAAAAUUUUGAUUAAUUUUAGUUCAUGCGAUGACUUAACUAAAUGUCAGUAUUACAUAAUCUGAUCAAUUUAUAAUUAAAUGAAAGCGUAUAAAGAUGUGAUCGGAAAAUAUGCAGAAAGGAACCGGUAAGAAUUACUACAGUAUACACGGAGAGAUGGAGCAUGGAUUAACGUUCAAAUACGAAACAGCCUCAGUAGAGUAGGAGUGAAUAUAUAUUUAGGAAAUCACCAAAAUCAUAACGUUAUCGAACACAUGAUGGAUAGUGCUGGAUUAACGAUAUUCGUUGAGAGUUGGAAUUAUUUUAGUGACAUCAUGGUACUUGAUCAAACUUAAGCGUAUGGUCGAAGUAACUUACAAGAGGUUAUCUGAGAAAAUGAAUGAGGUUUCAUUAAUGGGCUGUUUAUUACUAGUUAUAGUGUUGAUGAUGACCAAAUGUAAUGCAAGAAGUAAACUGUCGUUGUGGAUAGAUGAGGGACAAGUGCAAACAAUUACCAAAAAUGUAGCCGGGAGUGGUGGAGGACUUCCGCUGCAUUUAUACAUCAUACAUGAAGGAACUUUGAAAUACUACAUGAAUAAUGUCGAUAUCAUUGGAAACCUACCUAUCUUAGAAUCUGAUAUAGAUACUGUGAAUCUCACAUGGGAGGCUGGAGACGAGCAGUAUACCUAUUGGUUUGAUAAUCUCAAGUCGAAAAACAAGACAAUACUAUAUAACCCACUACUUAGCAUUCCGGCAUCAGGCAUCAUACCAAAAGGACCAAAAGUAUUCCAGAUGUCUAUUCCUUGUACGGGAAAAGAGGAAGGUGUGGCACAUCUUGUGCUGGGCUUGAGAAUAAUGGACCAGAAUAAUAGGCCAAUCAACGGAUCUCCAAUAAAACUUAGAUUAAGGAAGCGAUGUCAUGAAUUUGAGACUACAAACUUGUGUAAAAUGCCAUGCCAGAAUAAUGGACGUUGUAAUCAGAUUGGCGAGUGCGAGUGCCCACAGGGCUAUCAUGGACAGUACUGUGAAAUAGAUAUGUGCAAUCCAAAAUGUGAAAACAACGGCACUUGUAUAUCACCUGAUAUGUGUCUUUGUUUGGAUGGGUUUUACGGCAAGCGUUGCGAGAAAGCAUUGUGUAAUAAGCCAUGCCAGAAUGGAGGCCGCUGCGUGCCCUCGGAAGCCCAAAAGUCUGGUGUCUGUUGGUGUACCAACGGUUUCUAUGGCGAAGCUUGUGAAUUUAGCUAUUGUGUGGAACCAUGCCAACAUGGUGGAUUGUGUAUUGGUACAAAUAAAUGUAACUGUAAAUCCGGCUUCAGUGGAAAGCAUUGUGAAAACAAAGAUAAAAGACCUAAGAGACUUGCAGAAUUAAUAAAGGAGAAACGGAGAAAGGAAACAUGUGAUAGACUUCCACAAGAAAUAAAAAAGAUAUGUGUUAAAAGCAAACGAUGUAAAACUAAACAAGAACGAACGUCAAGCAAAUGUAAAUCGAAGAAUGUGAGUCGGUAUAGAAAAUGUAAAAAGAGGCAAGAAAAAUUAGCGGCUAGAUGCGUUAAACAGAAGAAAAAACGACGAAAACGCAGGAAAAGAUGUCAGAAGAAACAGAAAGCAUUUGCGAAAAAAUGUACUCAUAAGAACAAGAUAAAUUGAUGUGACUUUACGGGAUAACAGGGUGUUUAAUUUUAAAUGGAAACGCGGGUAAUUUUAUUUAAAAAUUGUAUAUAUAUGACUGUAUUAAUACAUGCAUCAAUAGUGCGUCUGAACGAUGCAGAACAACGGACGGAUUUUUAGUUCCAUUUGCUAUAAUGCAUUUGGAAUUAUACAUAAAACAUUCAAAACCUGGAUCUUUAUUUUAUAUUUCAGAAGUCUAUAGCUUGCAUUUUUCCACUGUAUAUUACACAUUUGUAGAAUUAAGUAUUAUCUUUUAUUCCUGAAAUGUAAACCUGUAUGGGUUUUCAGAUCUUUGAUGUCAAGAGUCAUUAAUUAAUUUGUCAACAGCGCUUCAUUUUUUAAGUACCAUUUCUGUGCUGUUUCUAAUUAAAAUGUACAAAAUAUUCAAAGCAAAUGCUGAAAUGGUGCAAAAUGUAUCGAAAGCAUAUUUGGAUAAGUUAUACUGUUCUUACCCUAUAUAUCUCUGUACAGUCUUUAAAUACUUACUUAUCACUCCCACGAUAUCAAACACUUAUCACUACACAUAUUGCAAGUACAGACAUUGAAUUGUCUUUUUCCCCUCUGUCUCUGCUUUUGGAGAAAUCUUAAGAUUCUUUAAUAUCUAGAUUUCUCUAUUAGAAAAAAAACAAUCCAUCUCAAUUGAUGAAAAGGGUGUAUGUGUGACUGUGCCCAAAAUGGUCCGCACCAAAUGAAUCUUGUUGAAAUUCAAAACAGAUUAAAACAAACGUUUUUACAUGAUCUUAAAUUAAAUCCUAAAAUAUACAUAAAUGACAAAAAUUAGCCAUUAAAAUGGUUUAAAUGCCCUCCGAAAUAGCCCGACUUGCACAUAGUAGUAUUUUUUUUUUGUAUAAAAUUGCAUGAAAUUGGCGAGAAAACUUUACAAAUAUGAUCACUUCUGCCCUGGUAUAAAACAUUGUUUCUUUUUCAAUUUUCUGCGCUUUAUUUUGGAUGAUCUUUAUGAAAGUUUAUAUUUAGAAAUCUACUUUAAAAGGCUAGAGGGAUGAAAGUACAAUGUGUUUGAGUAAUCAAGAUAAAUUGAACCGUUUUUUUUUUCAUGGGCAAAACUGUAAAUGUCAUAGGUAAACCAAUGUGAAAAUAGUGAGGCAGUGACCAUUUCGAUUAUCUUUUAUUUUUUAAAGUACCUACUUGUUUUAUUUGAUAACUAAGGUAUUCUGGAAGUGUCAAGUGUUUUUAUAUGUACGCUGGUAUCUAAGAGAUCACUUGUAGGAAUGGAUUGAAACGAACAGACCUACCCACUGUGAGGAACUGACUUACAUUGCACACAAAAAAAAAUGUUUUACUUUUUUUACAAAAGUAUGCCCCAUUUUCGACCUAGCAAUUUUCUAUUAUUUUUUUUUUGUAUGUAAGCUAGUAUCUAAGUACCCACUAAUAGGAAUGGACUAAAAUUCACACACUUGUCCGCUGCGAUGAGCUGACAUGCAUUCUACAGAUUCCAUAACUCUUGUUCUGCAUUUUUACAAAAAUUGUGCCCCUUUUGGACAUUUAUAUUCAUUCAGUUUACAAAGCUGUUGAAUAGUCCAGCAUUUCUGUCCUCCGACAGCUCUAGUUAACGAUGAAUUCCGUAUGUGGGGUAUUUUGAAAUUUGAAAAGUUCCUGUUACAUGCAGGUUGGUUUCAGGGCUGCAUUAUAUGAAUGGUACUGUCUUAUAUAUAAUGCGAAAUCAAAGACUAAAAUCUUCUUGCGUAAAGGAUGAAUCAAACCAUAGGCUAUUAUCUUUAAUUAUUUACUCAUAUCGCAAAUUUGCGACUUGUUGGGGUAUUUUGAAACAAUUAUCUUUGUAUGCUAAUAACUCUUUCAGCAUAAAGACAUUUUUUCUCCUGUGGAUUGUAAGAAAUGAGAUAUACUAUUGAGUGUGGUAUAUCAUUUUAGCAGAUGCUUUACAUUGUAGUAAUAGGCUCUUAAUUUCUAAUAAAUAUUUCUGUUAAACAGAUGUCAAAGAAUUUUUGUGAAUUGCAUUUUACAGCUCUAGAUGACGUCAUUUUGUUAAUAGGAAUCGGUUAUGUUAAGAAAUUAUUGGCAUGUUAUCAUAUCGCGGAAAACUAAAUAGCCUAUGAAGAACAUUAGAAUUUUUAUAAGCAAAACAUCUAUAAACAGUUAUUAUCUGUUAGAUUUGUAUGUAGAGCAGUUAUGUGCAAUACUUCAUUAAUAUUCCGAGGAAGCGUAGAUGAUUGCUACAGAUGUAGAAAAUAGUUUAAAAAAACCCAUACUUUUUUUAAUGAUGCAAUUAAAAUACUUUAAAAAUUAAACAUUUAAUUUUACCAAAAAACAGUACCCAAGGACAUCGUAUCAUGAUAUUUCAUUUUCCAUCGAAAACUUUAAUGCUUUCUCCUGAAGUAAGAUGUUGAAAUGACCUUUUUACAAUAUUUUUUCUACACAUUCUACGGUCGGAUAAGUGUCAUAGUUAUAUAACUUCCAUACAAUUUAUCGACAAAGGAAUCGUCAUGGUGCUAGGAUGACUUCUUAGGAUAUUCUGUCCUUUCUCAAUCACUCUUAACCCUUACCCAGCUAAAUUCCUAUAAUGAACUUGUCCAUCUUUCAAUUUUGAUAGUACCAUUAACUGUUCAAAGAGGUGCUUACAAAAAGAUACUGACUGAAUGGCGAAUAGUACAGAUCUUGAUCAUACUGCACGGAUGUGCAGACUGAUCAUGAUCUACACUGGUCGCAAAGGCAUAAUUAAUCGUGUCCAGCAUGAAAAGCGUUAGAUUUUAGGACGUAAACUUUCGUCCCCCGAACAUUUCCCCACCAACAAAUCCCGUAUCUGAAAUUUAUUUCAAUUUAUAACUAAUACGUAAAUGCAAUAGGUUUUCAGCUAACGCUUUUCCUGUUCUUGUUUUUCAAGAAAUGAGCCGUGCCAUGAGAAAAUCAACAUAGUGGC